ACUACAUCCAUUGCUCACAACAAUACAACCUCAAAUUCAAUUCAUAAUGGCUACUUCCAUUGUUCUCAAUUUCUUCCUCCUCUGUCUACUCCUUUUCUCAGCUUCACCCACCCUAUCUGCAUCUAAUGAGUUACCAAAAACCGGUUUUAUCACCCUUCCUGUGAAGAAAGAUCCAGCCACCAAUCAGUACUAUACUUCAAUUGGCAUAGGAACUCCAAACCACAAACUGAACCUAGCCAUUGAUCUUGCAGGUGAGUUCCUGUGGUACGAUUGUGACACUCGUUACAAUUCAUCAUCUUACCUUCCUGUUCCCUGUGACACCCAAAAAUGUCCUCAAAACUCCCCUUGCAUUGGUUGCAAUGGCUUUCCUACUAAACCAGGCUGCACCAACAACACAUGUGGUCUUUCUAUUACCAACCCAUUUGCUGACACCAUUUUCAGUGGUGACAUGGGUGAAGAUCUCUUACACAUUCCUCAAAUAAAGGUACCUCGUUCCUUUGCUUCUGGUUGUGCAGACUCUGAUAGAUUCAGCACCCCUCUUCUUGUUGGCCUUGCUAAAGGAACCAAAGGGAUCCUUGGCCUUGCACGGUCACAACUCUCUUUACCAACUCAGAUCUCAUCCUCAUACAAUGUUCCUCCUAAGUUCACACUCUGCUUACCUUCUUCAAACACCAAAGGCACUGGGAAGAUCUUCAUUGGUGGGAGACCAAGUUCACGUGCCAAUGUUGCCAGAAUUGGAUUUGCUCUGACAUCCUCUGAAGAAUACUUCAUCAAUGUCAAGUCAAUCAUGGUUGAUGAUAAAGUUGUCAAUUUUGACACUUCCCUAUUGUCCCUUGAUAAAAAUGGCAAUGGGGGUACUAAAAUUAGUACCUUGGGCACUCCUUACACUGUGUUGCAUAACUCCAUCUACAAGCCCUUUGUUAGAGAUUUUGUGAAGAAGGCUUCAGACAGAAAGAUUAAGAGAGUGAAAUCAGUGGCACCAUUUGAAGCAUGCUUUGAUGCUGGUUCCAUUGAUGAUCUUGAUAUGGGACCAGCUGUGCCGGUUAUCGAAUUGUUGUUUGAUGGCGGAUUGAAAUAUGAAAUGUUUGGUCACAAUACCAUGGUUGAGGUGAAAGAGAAGGUGCUCUGUUUGGCGUUUGUGGAUGGAGGUAAGAAGGCCAAAAAUGCAGUUGUUCUUGGUGGGCGUCAACUGGAAGAUAAGAUUUUGGAGUUUGAUCUGAGCACUUCAAUUCUAACAUUUAGCUCUUCCCUGCUGCUUCAGGGUGAAACAUGUUCAGAUCCAGUGCUAAAUUGAGUGUGAAGUCCAAAGUGCAGCCACUCACAAGUGUGUUUUCUUAGGAAACAGUCAAUAACUUUUAAUCUCUGUUAUGGAUUUGCUUCAACUUCAUAAUGUAAUGAUAUGUUUGCUUUGGCAUUAUUUAAUUUCUUAUAAGCUGCACAUGUAAGGAUGAAACUUAAAAGUUAUUUUAAGUGGUUAACAUCUAAUUUUAAUUAUAUCUUAGCAGUGAUUUCAUA